AUGUUCGUCAAGUGUUGCAUGCCUACGAUUCUGGUGUCUCUGGAUGCGUGCACGGCCGAGACACUCCUGCAAUGCCAGCGGGACCUGGAGCAAAGUGUGCCUGAGCUGCUUCGGCUCUGUCGUGAGUCGACGCUCAAUCUGCAACUUAUCUGCACGCAUCGAGCCGGCCCCAACGUCAAGGCGGAGUGUGGCAUGCAACUCCUGGAUCCUUCCUGCAAAAGAUCUCACGCUUUCUGCAAGGCACACAAGCUGGCACAGGUGCAGUCACAGUGCUCUUUGCUUGUGGACUCCUUUGUCACAGGCAUUAUCGCACUGUCAGUCGGGAUGCAGAUGGCGGGGUCCACAUCGAGAAUGCGAGACGUCCUCACAGAUGUGCUCAUCUCUCGCUUGGACAUCGUCGUGGGCGAGCCGCCUGAUGAAGAUCCCGAUGCCGCCGCCUAUCGAGAUGCGGUCUUGGACUUGUGCUUGGGCGAUACAACCGACCAGGGGGACGAUGGCAUGACCACAGCUCGGCUACGAAGAAAGCAAAGACUGAUUCUAUCCAGCUUUUUCAGGAGCAGCGACUUACGGCUUCGGAGAAUCCAGUACGUCACACCUGUGCAAUGCUCUCCGGAGGAUUUGCGCACAGAGAUACGCGAACAACUGGUUCCCGCCUUGCUGCCACACAGAUGUCCUGUGUUCCCAAGGAGCCGCUGGACGGGUGCUGACAGAGCUGUCGACUGGGUAUUGUUGCUCGCGUUGUCUUUUGACCUUUUGAGCGAGGUUGUGCCCCGCUGGGCGGACAUGCCCGGAGAGCCUCGACCGUCAGAUGCCCAAGCUGCCUCUGAUACAGCCUCCUGGGACGACUUUUGCCUUGCGUUGGUCAGUGUGGGUGUGCAGCCAGCUCAGCAGCACAUGCAACAGUCAGCGGGUGAGGCGGAGCAGGUCCCAGAGCCUACAGCAGCCAUGGAUUGGAGUGAAUUCAAUCAUGCCAUGAAGAAGAAGGCUGGGCAUUUUGCUCGGAUGCACCCUGGCGGCGCACUGGCCUUGUUUCGGCCAGUUUUGCAGGCAUGCAUGGAGACACUGUAUCACUGCUUCUGGGUUUCCUCCGAAGCCUUCGACAAGACCCACAGCACCCAGAAUGCCAAUGUUCGGUGUUACCGGGUGCUCGAAGAGUUGGCAGGAAAAUCGAGUCUCCGAUUCUUCGACUCUUUGAGAUCUGUGUUCACGUCGAUUCCGAAAGCUUUGCCGAAAUCCGCAUUGGCCAAGAACAUGCGAACACUGCUGUUUACCCUC